AUGUCAAGGUAUUCAUUUUCUGAGGAAUCAUCCUUUGAUGAUCUAGACAACUCUCUAGAUAAAGCCCUUCGAAAUGCAUCGCAGAAUGUCUUUAACUAUACCAAAAGUAAUAAUACCUCCAGAAACAACUCGCAAGGAUCUGGUAUACCUCUAACCAACAUGGUAGGUGGUCCUUCUUCUUCUUCUUCAUCAACAGGUCCUAAUGGAGGCAGGAAACAUCGAGAUUCAAAUGCUCAGGCCACAGCAUCUAACCUUCAUAGCCCCAUAAAUUACUCGGACGAGGAGAACGAUAAUUCCCCAUUGAUGUCUAAUCAACAUCGCUCAUUCAAUACAUCAAGUCCAUUAUUGCCAAGCUCGAACUCCUCUUCAUCGCUUAACAUGACAUCUGGUCCAGUGAGGUCCUUCAAAAGAUUGAUAACCAAAUCAAUAGCUAGCAUCUUACCAUUAAACAAGAGCAUUUCUCUUCCAACAACCGGGAGCACGCUGCUGCAGUUGACUGAGGAAAGAUAUGUCUCUCCGAAGACCAACAAAUCAGAUCAAUACGCCAGCAACGCAGUAUCAAAUGCCAAGUAUAAUCCAGUGACGUUUAUACCUAUUAUUUUAUAUGAACAGUUCAAGUUUUUCUUCAAUCUUUACUUCUUAUUGGUAGCGUUGUCACAAGCGAUACCGCAAUUGAGAAUUGGAUAUUUAUCAUCUUAUAUAGUCCCAUUGGGAUUCGUGUUGACAGUGACGAUGCUCAAAGAAGCUACUGAUGAUAUAGCAAGAAGAAGAAGAGAUAAAGAACAAAAUAAUGAGUUGUACGAAGUCAUUAACAGAGCAAGUACCAUAAGUAACGAGGUAACUCUUAUCAAAUCCAAAGACUUGAAAGUCGGUGAUUUAGUAAGACUACAUAAAGAUUCAAGAAUCCCUGCCGAUAUGAUAUUGUUGCAAUGUACAGAACAGGACGGUAAUGGUGAAUCUUUCAUCAAAACCGAUCAAUUGGACGGUGAAACCGACUGGAAAUUGAGGAUCUCAUGCCCUAAGACACAACUGAUCACGUCAAUGAGCCAAUUGUGCGACAAUACAUCCUUAAUUGUAAACCCUCCUACAAAGUCAAUUCAUCAUUUUAACGGGAAAUUGAUUUGGAAGAACAAUAAUGAAAAUUCUUAUCCAUUAACGAUUGACCUGACCUUAUGGGCCAAUACAGUAUUGGCUUCCGGUGUGGCGGUCGGCAUUAUUAUUUAUACAGGAAUAGAUACAAGACAAGCCAUGAACACCACGAAGUCAGGAGUUAAAACUGGUCUUUUAGAAUUGGAAAUCAAUAAAUUAUCAAAAAUCUUAUGUGGGUUGGUUUUCCUUUUGAGUGUUGGGCUCGUUUUGUGCCAUGGCUGGCCAUUGAAAAAGAGUUGGUACAUUGAUAUUAUGAGAUAUUUGAUUUUAUUUUCUUCAAUCAUCCCUGUAAGUUUAAGAGUUAACUUGGAUUUGGGUAAAUCUAUUUAUGCAAAGCAAAUAGAAGAAGAUUUAGAUAUUGAAGAUACUAUUGUGAGAACAUCUACUAUACCAGAAGAUUUGGGAAGAAUUGAGUAUUUGCUCACUGAUAAGACAGGAACUUUAACUCAGAACGAUAUGGAAUUGAAGAAAUUGCAUUUGGGGACCAUAAGUUAUGCAGGGGAUACAUUAGACAUCGUCGGGGACUAUGUAAGAGGUAUGCCGACCAAUGACAGCAGUAUUGGCUCAACUGCUAAUAAAAAGAAGGAUCUUAAUUCCAAAGUUUGCGAACUUGUGCUUACCUUAGCAUUGUGCCAUAAUGUUACACCUACGUAUGAGGAAGACUCUGAUGGAUCCCUUUACGAAGCAGAGGUCACGUAUCAAGCUGCAUCACCGGAUGAAAUUGCCAUCGUUAAAUUUAUAGAUGAGAUUGGUUUGAAGUUGAUUAAAAGAGAUCGUAGGCUGAUAACCUUACUCCAUAAGCUGACAAACACAACUUUACUGUACGAAAUUUUGUACAAUUUCCCAUUUAAUUCGGACACAAAAAGAAUGGGAAUUGUAGUGAAGAGUGGUAUCAAUGGGGAAGUGGCCUUCCUUGAAAAAGGUGCAGAUUCUGUAAUGAGCGGCAUAGUUUCGCUCAACGAUUGGUUGGAUGAAGAAACGACUAAUAUGGCCAGAGAAGGAUUAAGAACUUUGGUUAUUGGAAAGAAAAGAUUGACAGACUUACAAUUUGAAGAUUUUGAAACUAAUUACAGGCAGGCAUCUCUUUCAAUGAAUGACAGAGACUCAAACAUUCAAAGAACGAUAUCAACAUAUUUAGAGAACGACUUGGAAUUAUUGGGAGUAACAGGAGUAGAGGACAAACUUCAAGAAAAUGUCAAAACAUCAAUUGAAUUGCUCAGAAAUGCAGGCAUUAAAAUAUGGAUGCUUACUGGUGAUAAGGUAGAAACCGCUAAAUGUAUUGGUAUCAGUACUAGGUUAAUCGCCAGAGGACAAUACAUUCAUCAGAUUGUUAAGUUAACCAACAAUGAACUUGCCUUGAAUCAAUUAGAAUAUUUGAAAAUGAAUAGCAACUGUUGUCUCUUGAUAGACGGAGAGUCUUUAUUUAUAUAUUUGAAGUAUUUCAAAGAGGAAUUUUUCCAAGCUGUGAUUGGAUUGCCCUCAGUAAUUGCCUGCAGAUGUACCCCACAACAGAAGGCAGACAUUGCUACAUUGAUUAAAAGUUUCACGGGCAAAAGAGUGUGUUGCAUAGGUGAUGGUGGUAAUGAUGUAAGUAUGAUUCAGGCUGCGAAUGUUGGUGUUGGUAUCGUAGGAAAGGAAGGGAAGCAGGCAUCACUCCUGGCCGAUUUCAGUAUCCAUCAGUUUUAUUAUUUACUGAAGUUACUUUUGUGGCAUGGAAGAAACUCGUAUAAAAGAUCUUCGAAAUUGGGUCAAUUCAUUAUCCAUAGAGGGUUAUUAAUCUCAAUAUGCCAAGCCGUAUUUUCCAUAACUUCCGAUUUUGAACCAUUGACUUUGUAUAAUGGAUUCCUUAUGGUGGGUUAUGCCACUUGUUACACGAUGGCUCCAAUUUUCUCAAUGGUUUUAGAUUGUGAUGUUGACGAAUACUUGACAAAAUUAUACCCAGAGCUUUACAAAGAAUUAUUGAUGGGUAAGCUGCUUUCGUACAAGAGUUUCAGCAUCUGGUGCCUUAUCUCAAUUUACCAAGGUUGCAUUAUACAAUUGAUGGCCCAAUUUUUCCAAGAGAAUUUCGAUACUAUGGUUACCUUGUCAUUUUCAUGUUUAAUAUUCAACGAAUUGAUUAUGGUAGCGCUUCAGAUAAACCGUUGGAGGAAAGUUAUGGUUGCAACAAUUGUUAUCACAUUGAUAAUAUUUAUCGUCAGCAUUCCAUUUUUGACCGAGUAUUUCGACUUGACCUAUGUUGUAUCUGUGUCCUAUAUCUGGCAGGUUGUAGUGAUCUUGGGUGUAAGCCUUUUCCCAGUUUGGCUCAGUCAAGCAAUUAACAGGAGAUUAAAUCCUCCGAAUUAUGCAAAAGUGCAGCAAGUUUAG